AUGGCAGAGGAGGAGAACCUUCAAGAAGAGCCAGCUCGUGAUGUCGAGGAUUACCACGACGGAGACUUAGAGAAGGCGCUUGAGGAGUCGGAGCUAGUAGAGGAGUCCCUGGAGUUGGACCCGCUGGGCGUGGAGCUAGAGGAGCCCCUGCCGGAGGUGCUGGAGGAGGCACUGGCGGAGGAUCUGGGGGACGAGGCCCUUGAGAAGCUGGAGCAGAUCGAGGAAUCCUUGGCCGACGGCCUGGCCGAGGCCGACGGCCUCGCCGAGGUGGACGUUCUGGCGGAAGGGGCGGAGGAUGCGCUGGACAGCGCUGGAGACGAGAUGGAGGAGGUGGUGCUGGAUGAUGAGUUGUCCGAGGAUGAGGAGGAUGAGGAGGACGACGAGGGAGUGCAGGAUCACCUCAAGGAAGCUGUGGAGGGCACCCUGCGCCUGAAGCGACUUCUCUCGGAGGACGAGGAGGUGCCCGAGGAGCUGAUCGGGAAGAGGCGGCGGACGAAGAAGGAGGAGGCCACCUCUGCGGCAGACGAGGCGAGGAUUCAGCAACUGCUCACCCGAUGGGGCCUGGCGCAGGAGCCGGUGACGCGGCACGUGCUCGAGAGCCUCACGCCGGAGGAGCUGAAGUUGCUGGGCGACACCUUCGCGCCCAACAAGUUCGACCUGAAGCGGCAACCGGCCGAGCUGGUCCUGUGCCACGUCGCCCUCAUGAAGGAGCGCGCAGGCCCGGGCAGUGGCAACGUGGACAACAUCGCGGCCUUCCGGCACCGGUGGAAGCUGAGCAUGGAGCAGGAGGCAAAGCUUCGGCAGCUGAGCCAUAAGGAGCUGCGCUACGUGACCAAGGAGUAUGAUGGUGAGACGCCCCUGGAGGAGGUCCUGGAGCAGGCGGCGGCCUUCGAGGCCAACGAGGGCCUCACGGAGGGCGCGCUGCCCAAAGAGCCGGGCCUCCACGUGAUGUCGCGAUUCAACCGCUUGGAGCUCAUUGACCCCGUGGCGGUGGCCGCCAUCUUCGGUGAUGCGAAUCUUAGUUUCGCGCUGAAGCUGGCGCGGCACCGCGAGGCGUUGGGCCACGUGGGCCGUGUGAUCGCCACCACUUUUGAGACCUUGCCAUGUCUCCGAGAGCGCUACAAGGAGAUUGAUGAGACCAUCAAGACCCUGGAGGGCUACUACACUGAGGCAUGA